UCGCGCUGCACGCUAAAGCCCUACCACCAUGAAAAGCCAAACACCAAACAAACGAAACCCGGGGAUCGAUAGUGAGAUCCAUCAGACGUCUCUCCAAAAACUAAAAAGAAUCUAAAGCCUCGCGUUCGAGCGGCUUCCGUCUUCUCAUCCCAUCCGUCGCCAUCCCUAGGCUUGAUCAGGCUCGUUCAAUAAAUUUUCUCUUCGCUUGCGUGAUUGGUUUUCUUUGAAGGCGAACCCUGGUAAAAUUAUUUUGGUUCCUCUUUGGCGUUUCUUCCUCUCGUUUCUUACACUUUACAUCAAACAGUUGCUUCUUUCUCCUGCAUUUGCACUAUGAUUCCAGAAUUAUCAUCAUCUGCACCACCUCCUCAGUCUCUAGCAUGGCAACCUCUUCAAUCUGCUGGAAGUUCUUUCUGGCAACCAGAAUAUGUGCAUGAGCAUCUACGAAAGUUAAGAGAAACUAUUGAUCUGAUGAAAGCGGUGCAGAAAGAACUAGAGGAAAUUGAUUGUAUUAGAAGUUCCAGACAAGAUAAUGCUGACAGAGAUGACUUCUUAUCCUAUGAUCACCUAUUAGGAAGAAAAAUCUUGCAAUCUUCAAAUGACACCAUCGCCGGAGACACCUUUCAGCAUGUUGAGAAUGACAUUCUUCUGCAAUGCUCUGAGACAGUUAAAGCAAAGAGGAUCAGUUUAAAUGCUCAAGAGUCUCUUGCAAUGGAAGCUGCAUGCUCUAUAUUUUCUACUCUUAAAAAGCAACUUAUACCUUUCUGUGUAAUCACAAAUCAAGCAAGUCUAUGGGAAGAAAGGUCGGUGGCGGUAAAAUUAGCUCAGAAGCUGCAGAAGUCUAGAAGGAACAAAUGUUGGAAGAAAAGAAAGAGAAAACGUGUUGCAGAACUAAUCAACAAGGAGCGUGAAGAUUAUGAAAAAGCUGAUCAGGAAGCUGAUGAAUGGAGGAUGAGGGAGAUUGCCAAGGACAUUGCAAGGUGCAAGGUAGAAAAAAUGAAGGAAAUUGCAAAACUCAAAGCUAACGAGGAGAAAAGAAGACUAGAAUCUGAGCUUGAGCUUGUAUUAAUUGUGGAGAAGUUGCAAGAGCUUCGCUCCUUCAGAAUUCAGAAAUUGAAGAAACAAGGUCAUUUUCUCCCUGAAGAGGAUGAUAAAUUUCUUGAGCGAGUGCAAGCUGCAGUUGAAGAAGAGGAGCGCCAAGCUGCAGCUGCUGCUGACACGAAUGCUGCUAAGGAUGCUAUUGCAACAGUCCAGGAAUCUAGAAAAGCUAUCCACAGUGUAAGCAGUGAAGAAAAUGAUGUAAAUCAUGAUAAAGGUGAGGUGAUAGUGAAUCAAGACAAGGUAGGUGGAAUUGAAGGUGAAAGAAGUUCAGAUCUAAAUGCAAAUGUGAAAUCUGAACAACCAAAAGUUGAAGGUCAAAGUUGUGGUGGAGGCCAUGAUUUCGUUGCCAAUUUACCAUUUGAGUUCUACCACUAUUAUCAUGGAAGCAGCAAUGAUAUGGGAACACUAAUUGAGGUCAGAAAAGUGUGGGAUGCUUACAUCAGACCUGGAGGAAGUCGGAUACCUGGGCACUGGAUUCAGCCACCACCACCUACCGAUGAAGUCUGGGAAUCCUAUCUUGUUCACAAGAAGUAAUAACUUGCUAAAGCAAGCAUUGAAGCCAUCUAUCUGUGCCUUGCAUCGUGGCUUUAGAUGAGAUGGCUAUCUUGAAAAGUUCAGAGAAUUGCACAAGUUGAAUUAGAUUUUGAGAUGGUUCGAUUUUUAAUAUAUUGUUUUCUGCUGCUGAAGGGAUACCAUUGAAAUGUGUUAUUGUGGCCUGAUUGACACAAGCUUUGUUCUUUUUUUUUUCCAUUAAUAAUAUGAUCUCCUUAAAGAAAAGCAGAAUGAAUUCAGCAGAGCUUGCUAAGGUGAUUGGUGUAAUAUUAUUGUACAUUAAGUGCAAUUUUUUGAAUUAUUGAGCCAGUGCAAGUAUCUUGCAGGGAGAUUUUGCUCA